ACUCUUUUUCCUUAGAGAAGUUUUGAACUUGGUGCAUAGUUAUUGCAUUGUUUUUUCCAUAUAUUGUUCUUGGAAGCUGCUAGUUACUUGUUGAAGGAAAACCAUAUUGAAGAUUUUCAUAUUUAACUUCUAAGAAUAUUUGAGCUUUUCUGUUGGAUAUUUCAUACUGCAUAUUUAUGUGAAUUGAAUUAUUUUGGUUUUAAUUUAAUCACGCCAUGAUAGUUUGUGUCCAUCUUUAAUAUUUUUCAAUAGGAACUUCAUGGAAUUUCUGUUAUAACAAAAACAUUCCAAUUUACAUUUGUUAAUAGAAAAGAUCGAAGACAUGACUAUUGCUGAAGUAAAUAGAGCUCCAACCAGGCUUGAGGGAAGGUUUAGAGCAAUGGUAGUAUGUUGGAUUCUUGGACUCGGCUCCCUCGUGUCAUGGCACAGCAUGCUGACGAUUGGAGACUACUUCUACAAUUUGUUCCCGAAGAAAUACCAUCCUGCCAGGGUAAUCACCCUCGUUUAUCAACCGUUUGCAUUUGGAACAAUUGCAAUACUUUCAUACAAUGAGUCAAGGAUUGAUACAAGGCGACGUAACAUAAUGGGAUACACCCUUUUCUUCUCGAGUACUUUGUUGCUCUUAGUUUUGGAUUUAGCUACAACAGGAAAAGGAGGGAUCGGAACUUUUAUUGGUAUAUGUGUCUUAGUUGCUGCUUUUGGGGUUGCAGAUGCCCAUGUUCAAGGUGGAAUGGUUGGAGACUUAUCAUUCAUGAGCCCCGAGUUCAUCCAAUCAUUUCUCGCUGGUUUGGGUGCAUCAGGGGCUCUGACCUCUGCUUUGAGGCUAAUCACAAAAGCAGCUUUCGAAAAAUCUGAUAAUGGUGAACGCAAGGGGGCUAUGCUAUUCCUUGCCAUCUCUACAUUCCUUGAGUUUCUAUGCAUAUUACUAUAUGCAAUCGUCUUCCCCAAACUACCGAUUGUGAAGCACUACCGCUCAAAGGCAGCCUCAGAAGGAUCAACAACUGUUUCGGCUGACCUUGCUGCCGCAGGCAUACAAACACAGACUGAAGAUGAUGCUAAGCUACUGGAGCGGUUGAGCAACAAACAGUUGUUCCUUCAGAACGUAGAUUACAUGUUAUGCAUUUAUUUAAUAUAUGUCUUGACUUUGUCAAUUUGCCCCGGGUUCUUUUAUGAAAAUACCGGAUCACACAAGCUAGGACCUUCAUGGUAUCCAAUUGUUCUGAUAGCAAUGUACAAUGUCUGGGAUUUUAUAUCAAGAUACAUUCCCCUCGUGAAGUGCCUGAAAUUGGAGUCAAGAAAGGGCCUUAUGCUUGCAAUACUGUCCCGUUUCUUGUUCAUCCCUGCAUUUUACUUCACUGCAAAAUAUGGUGAUCAGGGAUGGAUGAUAACGCUCGUAUCCAUCUUGGGACUAACCAAUGGUUAUCUUACCGUUUGUGUCCUUACAGUGGCUCCUAAAGGCUACAAGGGUCCGGAGCAGAAUGCGUUGGGCAAUUUGCUAGUAUUAUGUCUUUUAGGUGGCAUAUUUACAGGGGUUGCUCUAGAUUGGUUGUGGCUAAUUGGGAAUGAAAAAUUUUAAAGAGCAUAGUUCUGAUCUUGGUUAAAGAAAGUCAAUUCACCACACAAAGUACUUCAAAUCUGGAUGGAGAUAGAACAAGAGCCCAUACUGGAGUAGUAGCAAAACUUACUGGGCGAGCUUUUAUUUUAUAAAAUAUAUCCAACCCUUGAUCUAGAAUGUGUUUCCAAGUAGUAUAAAUGUGAUGAUCUUUUUUCAUGUAUACUUGAUGGUAGUUUGUGUGAACAUGAUGAUAAAUAAAGAUCAAGAAUUGAUGUCUUAUGCAACA